AAGUGGGUGGUGUGUUGACUGGGUGAGUGAGGCGCAGGCAGGAGAGAGGGAGAGAGAGAGGGAGAGUGAUCAGCUGUUAUGUCUUCCUGCGUGGAGGAAAUCUUCCUGUUCCAGAAGAAACUCAACAAGUAUGCCACACUCAACGAGGCGGACAAGGUGCUGUACUACCUUCACAAAUUGAACCACCUCAAUGUCACAGUCAGUCACUUGGAGGAGACUGGCGUGGGGAAGACUGUCAAUGCUCUGCGCCACCAGGGAGGGAAGGUCGGGGAGAAGGCGCGAGGCCUCGUCAACAAAUGGAAGGCAAUGGUGACUGCAGAGGAGGAGGAGGAGGAAGAAGAGGAGGCAGGGGACAAUGAAGAGGAGCUGCAGUCAAGAGCAGAGGUGUCAAUACCAUCUAAAGGUGAACCAGAAACACUAGAUUAUCAUGAGGAUGAGGAGGAAGAAGUGGAGGAGGAUGAGGACGAGGAGGAAAACUGCCUACAGAUUGAGGAAAACAACAACCCCGUGACAGAUGAAUAUGAUGAACAGGGCAGUGAGGAGGAGGAGGAGCCACAGCCUGCCUCAUCAGUGCCUCACCCUGCCUACAGCUACUCACACAGGAGGAGCUCAGGGUCAGAUGGUGAAGACACAGGUGACUACAACCCAAUGACAUCCAGGAGGGACUACCAGGCACACAUGGAGAUGCCUGUGGCUGAAUACCAUCCAUCCACCAUGUCCCACAGCCCCACAGAUACCUCCAGUCCAGGGUGGGGUGGUGACUCCCCAGAUGCAGCGAGGGACUGGAAGAAUGGCACCAGUAGGAGCCCAGGGAAGAAGAGCAGCAAGGAGGAGAAGGAGCGGGAGAAGGAGAAGCACCGAAGCAAGGGGAAGGCAAAGCACCGGGACAGGGACAGCAGUCAUGAGAGGGAAAGGAAGAAGGACAAGCACAAAGACAGGCACAGAGACAAGGAGGAGAGGAGAGAGGAGGCAGAGGACGAGAGGAGGAGCAAGUCCCAUAGAGAUAAGCACAGGGAUCGAGAGAAGCACCACGGACGGUCAAAGGAGAGCAAACACCGCAGUGAGGAAGCCAGUGAAGCCAGUGUUGUGAAUGGCUUCAACACUCCCGACCACAAGGAGAGGAGCAGUAAGAGGGAUAGGGAAAGUGAAAGGAGUGCGGAGAUGAGGCCGAGGGAGAAGGAGAGGGUGGAAGAGGGGCAUUACCAAAGUGGAGAGAGUACAAGCAGAGAGAGUGCACAUCAUAACAGGUUGCCAGACAGGACCAAACCAGAAAAAGAGAGACACAGGGAAGGUAGUAGUAGUAGUAAUAGUAAAAAGGAGAAACAGAAAAGAGAACACAGAGAGAAAGAUGAAAGUCCAGACAGGCAAAAGAAGGAGAGGAAAAGUAAACACCAUGUAGUGGAAGACGAUGGUUGCUCUAAUGGUGUAAAUAAAGACAGCAGUAGUGGUGGUGGUAGUGGCAGUAGUGGUAGUAAAGGGGGGGAAAGGACCACAAAGGAAAGCAAAGGAAAGCAUAAAGACAAUAAACAUAAACAUAAAGAAAGCAGCAAGAAGGACAAACACAAGAGAGACUCACUCAGCAAGCAGGAGGUGGAGGAGCAGGAGAGUUCAGGAGAGAGGAGCAAGAAGGAGAAGAAGAGCAAAAAGCAGACCUCUUCAGAUGCUGGUUUUGGUGCUGUAUUGAUGGGUCUGGACUCGCAGGUGAAGAAGAAGAAGAAAAAGAGAAAGAAGGAUGUAGAGAAGGAGAGGGAGAGUGGGUCAGAGGAUGAGCAGCCCUCCACCAGCUCAGGGCACAAGAGGAGUCUGGCGAGUAGUGAUGGUUUGCCAGACUCAAAGAAGCCCAGACUAUUGGCUGCAUCGACAGAGAAGCUGCCCAAACUGCCUGCCCUGAUGGUGCCGGAUGAGAAGCCACUGCUGCCGGAGAUCACACCCAACUACAAACCCCUUCCGAGGCUGCCUGUGAAGGAUGAUCCACCAGAGUCUUGUCUAACUAAGAUGACUGAAGAGGAGGCUCUAAACUUUGUGUUCCAGUCCAAAAAUAAUAGACGCAGCAAAGUUUACUCUGGCAAGGUGGUUGGACUCUCAUAUGUUCCAUCACUAUAUGAAAGUUGCAUCAGAGUCCUGCAGGAAAAUAUUGAUGCUCUUGAGUACACUGGAGGGAUUCCAUUUGAGAUCCUGCGUCCUGUUCUGGAGCGAGCAUCAGCAAAGCAACUGUUGAACUUGGAGGACUUCAACCACUACCUGCUGGAGGACUCUGACGUGCUGUGGAAGAUGCACUGUAAGAGGGACUUCAAGAAAAUGAAACCUGAUGAAAUGGAGUCGUGGAGAGAGAUGUGGAUCCGGUGUUCUGAGGAGCGGGACAAGAAACUGAAGAGCCUCACCCAUAACCUAACAGAGAAGUUCCUCACCAAAGCCGAGCCAAAGCGGACCACUAAGAUAGCCUAUGUGGACACAGCUGCCAAGGUUCCUAGGAAUGUGGCCAAAGCGCAGGCAAGAUAUGGAACAGCAGUGGCCUCAGCAUUAGCAGCCAAGCCAGGCAAGCUUAAUGAAGUGGCAGCACGCAAGACAGCAAUGCAGAAUGUUCAAAGAGCAGAAAGGGCCAACCCACGGCCAGUCGCUGCCAAGAAAAAGAAGGUUGCCCCACUGAUGGCCAAGACCAAGCAAUUCUUCAAGAAAGCUUUCCGUCGCUGAGUGUGUUAGUUUCCUUUCAUGGUGUUCUGAAUCAUUAGCUCAAUCGUCACACUCAUCAGUUUCAGAUGUCUUUCACACCUCAUAAGCCACACAAGCCACACAUCAUCAUCUUCAGGGUUUGGAGAGGGUUGCCAGCUUGCCUUCUGUACAUAAUGCCACAUCCAUCUCUUCAUUGGUUGGUAAGCUGUUUGAUCUGGUGCAAGAUGUGAGUGCCGGCCGUUUGUGGGCUGCUGCUGUGCUCACCAGUGAAUAUCUAUAAGCUUAAUUACUGCCGUCUGUCAGAAUAGAUAACUUUAUUUGUAUACCUUUGUUACCUUCACCUGUGUUUGUGAUCCGUGUGUUGCAGAGACUCGGCAUGACAGUCACGCAGGUUCAGUGCUAACAUUUUGCAUACUUUUGUUUGUGUCAUGUCUUUGUGAAGUUCAAUUCUGAGGAACACAGCUUCCCUUGAGUUUCCCUUCCAAGAAGCUCAGUUUGUAUGCAUUUUGUUUGCAGAAGUGGACGGUGAUAUGUUUAGCACGGCAGGAAGGUUUGUGUCGUGUUGUGUUUUGUGUUUGUCACAGUUUAGCAGGGAGCCAGGUGGUGCAGCAGGAAGUACAAUUAUCACCUGCACUCUGGGCACCUGUUGCCCCUCCCCUGUAGUGAGGCAGACUGUCAGCACUGCCUGGCACAUCAGUUACCUCCUGGUGGUGAGGGUGUCAGUAGCAGGUGCUGGUUGCUGCCUUCCUGUGCCAGUACAUAGCAUGCUGAGGUGGAUGGCUGCCUGCUGCUCAUCUUGGCACACUGUCAAAUCAUCCAGUCAAUCUAUAUGGAGCAGAUGACAGCAGACAGUACCUGUGCUGUGGUGGUGUGCACUAAUGUGUGGCCCUGGCAGACUGACAGCCUGGCAGCCUGUGUACUCAUCAUGGUGCCUGGUGUCUUACAGAAUGCUGUUCACGGGCCAUCUUCCACUCUGUCCAUUUUUUAUUUUACUUUUCUUUAAGUAAUUUUGUUUGUUGUCAUUUAUUUGAUGUAUCAUAUUUGGUCAAAAUAGCUCACUCUCCAUUGUCUAUUUAUGUAACACACACACUCUCUCUCUCUCUCUCUCUCUCUCUCUCUCUCUCUCUCUCUCUCUCUCUCUCUCUCUCUCUCUCUCUCUCUCUCUCUCUCUCUCUCUCUCUCUCUCUCUCUCUCUCUCUCUCUCUCUCUCUCUCUCUCUUCCCUGAGGUGUGUCAGGGGAUCAUCUGUGCUUGGAGUGUAGUGUGCUGGUGUGGGACAAGGAGGAGAUGGAGUUAGCUGCUGCUGUUGUUAUUGUUGUUGUUAUGGAAAGAAUACUCUCCAUGGAUGGGCUCACUUCUUCACUAUAAAUCCAUUGUCUUAUUUUGUUUGGAAAUAUGCAGACAAUUGAUCCUUUGAAUUGACUUGAAAUAACACUUUCAUAAUUUGAUAGAUAUUUCUCUUCAUUAUACUUAUUCACUUUGAUUGCAAAACAGGCAAAUUUGUUUUAAUAUUUUUUUUUUACCUGUUGAGGGAUGAUAUGGGGAACUGUGAAGCCAAAGUGCUUAUUUAUUAUAGAGGCUAGUGAAGGGAAGCAGACCAUAGUAAUUUAGGAUUUUGGAGGUGUGUGUGUGUGUGUGUGUGUGUGUGUGUGUGUGUGUGUGUGUGUGUGUGUGUGUACAUAGAAGUUUUUAAUAAAGGGUAAUGGCUAAAAGUAAUUUAAUUGGGAAAGAAUUGAAAACUAAUUUGAAACAUUUGUUCUCCCUAUUUUGAUUCCCUUUUACUUGUGUAUAUUAAUAAAAUGUCUGUAAGGAAUUCUAUUUACAUUUUUUUAUAAAGACCUUAAUUGAUGUAGCAGCAACAGCAGCAGUUGCAGUGGACAAUAUGGAGGAAGGAGCAGACAGUAGGAGUGAGCAGAAACAAAGCAGAAAAUGAACACUGCCUAUUUUCCAGCCUAUUGUAAGGUGCAGGAGACCCUCAACUUGUUUAUAUGUAUUUAAUUUUUCUUCUUGGGAUCCUUCUUAUACUGAGCCAAAGGGAAGAUAUUGUGUAUUACUUGAAGUGUGGAAUACUGGGUGAAGAUAAUUUAAUAAAUUCCUUUUUAUAAAGA